AUGUCUACUUUCCCGACUGCCAACCCACCACCGCGGUUUGGCAACGAUUCUCCCAGUCCCAACAGCUCCUUCCCUUCCUUCCUCCCCAUCGUCAUCGUGUUUACGCUACUGAGCAUAUUGGGAACCAUCGCCAUAGCUGGCUUCCUGUGCAGAUACGUCAAGAAGCACGGCCUCCAUGCCAUCACCAUCAGCACAGGUGCCGCCCCGGUUAGCACGGCACUGUACGCGGUGGCGCCGGACACCCAGAUACGGGACGCCACCGUGGAGAGGUUCCUCAGGGAGAUUGCUGGCGAGAAGCCCAUCCGAUUCACUCCGCAGCAGCUCUCGGGCUUCACCAACAACUACUCUGUCCGGCUCGGCGCUGGUGGCUUCGGUGCCGUUUACAAGGGCAUGCUCCCCAAUGGUCUCACGGUCGCCGUGAAGCGCCUCCACGCCGGACGCCACGACGACAGGACCUCUCAGGAGCAGUUCAUGGCGGAGAUGGGCACCAUCGGGAGGACGCACCACAUCAACCUCGUCAGGCUCUUCGGCUUCUGCUACGAUGCCGCUGACGUGCGCGCUCUGGUGUAUGAGUACAUGGAGCACGGCGCGCUCGAUUCCUACCUCUUCGACCGGAGCCGCCAAGUCUCUUUCCAGACGCUGCAAGACAUCGCCGUUGGCAUUGCCAGGGGGCUCCGGUACCUCCACGAGGAGUGCCAGCAAAAGAUCGUGCACUACGACAUCAAGCCCGGCAACGUGCUCCUCGACGGCAGCCUUACCCCAAAGGUGGCCGACUUCGGCCUUGCGCAGCUGCUGAACCGGGCGGACACCCACAAGAGCGUCUCCGGGAUGCGCGGCACACCAGGUUAUGCUGCACCAGAGAUGUGGAUGCAGGUCGGUGCCACCGUGAAGUGCGACGUGUACAGCUUUGGCAUCCUCCUGUUUGAGAUCCUCGGCCGAAGGAGGAACCUCGACGAGACCGCGCCAGAGAGCCAGCAGUGGUUCCCCAAGCUGGUGUGGGUAAAGUAUGAGAGCGGCCGGCUUCUGGAGGUCGUAGAGACUUGUGAUGGCGCGGACGAGCAGGACAAGAAGACGGCGGAGAGGAUGUGUGAGGUGGUGUUCUGGUGCGUGCAGCAGCAGCCGGAGGCGAGGCCUCCGAUGGGGGUGGUGGUGAAGAUGCUUGAAGGCGAGAUGGACAUUGCUCCCCCGGUGAACCCGUUCCAGCAUCUCAUGGCAACGCCGGUGGUGGCAAACAUGUGGACCACCGUGACGAGCAGCGUGAACACGGUCUCGACUGGGGUAGAUAUCGAUGGUGUUUCUCGUGAAAUUUGUUCGACAUAA